AUGUCGGACGGGACCUGCGGCAGGUUCGCCCGCCAGCAUCCCGGACGCGGCUCGGCUUUCGGGCGUCGAGGCUCCUCGGCGGCGCCGCUGCUCAUCACAAGACACAUCAGCGCUUUCUUCCCGUUCUUCAAAGAGAGCUACCAGGGCUGGAAGGAUUCCAUCAGGCACAACCUGUCGGCCAACGAUUGCUUCAGGAUGGUGCUGAAGGAUCCGUCCAAGCCGAAAGGAAAGGGGAACUACUGGACGGUAGACGUGGAACGCAUCCCCCCGGAAGCCCUGAAGCUGCAGAACACGGCCAUCUCCCGCCAAGAGGAGGUGACUUUCGCCCCCGACCUCGGCCCCUUCGUGCUGCAGGGCCAUCCUUACGUGCCUCCAAGUGAUGCUCCGGAUCCCCAGACGACCCUCCCAGCCGAAGCCCUCCCCAUCAAGGAAGAGGAGGCCCCCCAGCCUCCCCCAUGCAAGGCGGCCUUCACCAUCAGAUCUCUGCUGAAGCCGCGGAGCGAAGAUGGAAGGGCCGAACCUGGAUCCCCGAGCUCAGAGGGUGCCUCCGUCAGCCGCCUCCAUCCUCCUCUUAGUGAGGGCAGCCAAGGGGGGCCCUGCCCACCUGCCAGCCCUCCCCAGCUGCCCCCCGCCUGCUGCACGGACUGUUUCCAGCUGCCUCCUUGGCACGACCAUGGCACUUUGUCCCCGGCUGGGGGUCCCUUAUCCCUGCCAACCUUUCUCGCCAUCCCGGCUUCGCUCAGCCUCCCCUGCUGCACUUUGGGGCCUGCUCCGCACGUGAGCCCUCCUUACUGGAACUUGGUGACGGCCCCCUACCCUCCCCACCCAUAUCCAGGCCUCUCCCCCGGCCCACUGGAAAUACAGCAAGCUGGCCUGGUGCCAGAUGCCUCCUGGCUGCCUUGGGUGGUCCCCUUCCAGCCCCUGCCCCCCCACCAUUACCCUUUCUGA